AUGGCAUUCCCAGAGGCGUCACUUUGGCACUUGACGAACCAGUGGCUGGAAUGGGAUCAAGACGAGGUUACACGAAAGGAAAUCCUGAAGUUCAAGGAAACCAAGAAUGAAGCCGAGCUGGAGAAAUGCCUUCGGAACCGUAUUCAAUUCGGCACCGCUGGUCUACGCGGCGAGAUGCGAGCUGGGUUCGCCUUUAUGAACUCUCUCACUGUCAUCCAGGCGUCGCAGGGAUUAGCAAAAUUCCUCAAAGCACGCGACGAAAAGCGUGCCAUUCAGAACGGUGUUGUGGUCGGUGCCGACGCUCGACAUAAUUCGCACAAAUUCGCCAUUCUGGUUGCAAACGCUAUGGUUGCUAUGGGAUUUAAAGUACAUUUCCUGGGCUCAGAAAUUGCGACUCCAUUGGUGGCGUGGGCAACUGGGCAUACGGGGGCGGCUGCUGGUGUCAUGAUUACUGCUAGUCAUAAUCCGGCCAAAGACAAUGGAUAUAAAGUAUACCUUCGUGGAGGCGUCCAAGUUAAUACACCCUGGGAUGCGGAAAUAUCUCAACACAUCAAGGAUAACCUAGUACCAUGGGCAGGCGCUUGGAAAUUCUCAAAAAAUGCACAUUUUGACAAAGGUGCCUAUGCUGAUAUUAUGUUCAAAUGGUGCGACGCCGUUGUGAAAUACGCUAAAUCAACCGUGCCUAAAGUUCUCCUCCCAACGGCAUUCAUGUACACACCUCUACAUGGCACAGGAAGUAUUUCUCUACCACACAUCAUGCAUCAGACCGGCAUCGGCACUCGAAUGCUUUCUGUCGACAAGCAAUUCGAACCAGACCCUGAUUUUCCUACUGUUCCAUUCCCCAAUCCGGAGGAAGACCAUGCUCUUGAUCUCGCCAUGAUAGCUGCCGAGGCAAAUGGCCGCGAUCUAUUGAUUGCUAAUGAUCCUGACGCUGAUCGAUUUGCGGUAGCACAAAUCAUUCCUGAACGCGGAUCCUGGUACACCUUCACAGGCAAUCAAAUCGGCGUGCUAUUCGCCGCUCACAUUAUCGAAAAUCUCAAAUUCCCCUGCGAACAAAAGGGAUACUACAUGCUCAACACCACCGUAUCUACAACAAUGCUUUCCAAAAUGUGUGCAGCGCACGGCAUCCACUACCGCCAAACCCUGACGGGGUUCAAAUGGAUGGGCAGUAUCGCGCGUGACCUCGAACAGGAAGGCUACAAAGUCCCCUUCGCCUUUGAAGAAGCAAUCGGAUACAUGUUCCCGGGCACAAAAUGCUACGACAAGGACGGCUUGACUGCCGCGGUAGUUUUUCUUCUUGCCGAAGCCUACUGGCGACGACAGGGCAUGACGCCGUUUGACAAGUUACAGGAAUUGUUCAAGGAGUACGGUCACCACGAAACAUUUAAUCAUUACUUCCGGUCUCCUAACCCGCAAACAACAGCCGAUUUAUUCAACAAGAUUCGCGCCGGAAAUGACAAAUGGAGAGCAGGAGAGACAUUUGGCCAAAAGACCAUAUUCACAAUUACCCGCUGGCGUGACAUGACGUUGGGCUAUGAUUCAGCGACUUCAGACAACAAGCCUGACUUACCGGUCGACAACGGAAGUCACAUGAUAACUCUCUGGCUCGAUAAUGAUAUCGUAUUUACCUUGAGAGCAUCGGGAACCGAGCCCAAGGUUAAAUUCUACAUUGAAUCCUGGGACGUCGAUCAAGACGUAGCCAUUAGUAGAGUAUGCGAUGUCUUUGAUGCAAUCUUGUCAGAAUGGAUCAAGCCCUUGGCACCUACGAUGACAUGGGCAGACGAACUUUUCACAUCUUCAUCCCAUCUUUACGGUAGAAGUUUGGCCGAUUAAACUCAAUCUUGGUCCGUUUCUAGUUAUGACUUGGAUAUUUGUUCUUCGGAUUUCUGAGGAGUUUUUGAUCUGGGUGGGCAAAAAAAGAUUACGAAUGGUGGGAGGUAAUAUCUAGUGGAUCAAGUCUAUGUUACACACACUGUAGUCAAUACUCUCUAUCAAACAGAAAAAUGAACAAAAAGUCCAUAGAAUUCUACACAAGAAUAACGAAAUAAAUAAAGGGAAAAACACAUUUCCUCUCGCUAGUUGCUAGCACAGUAAUACAUAGUUUGUCAAAAGAUAUUGCAAGAAACUUUCCACCUGGAUCACGGCGAAUUUGUUAGGGGAGAAAGAGAGAGAUGGAGGGAAGAUCGGGAGGAAGAUUUUAUGGAGAAAAAGAAUACAGGUAAUUAUCUAUCUCGUCCCCAGAUGUCAGACUAGGGUUCGCCAUAAUGAGAAGGCAGGGUUUCUCUUGUUUAGAAGUGGAUGGCCUUGGAGUAGGUGGCCAUAGCGGCCUCCUUGAAGGCUUCGGCGAGGGUUGGGUGGGCGUGGCAUGUGCGGG